AUGGGUAUUGGGAGGUCGGUGCCUGCACAGCGCAGGGGGGGUUCGGAGGGUAGUAGGAGGAUGCUGGGAUGCUGGGGACUCCUCACCACCUCCUCCUCCCCCUCCCCCUCGCCAUCGCCACCCCGCUCCCAAUCCCAACUCGAAACCACCGUCUACGGCGGCCGCAUCUACCACGACAAACCUUUUCGACCAGAAGAAGCAUUCUCUGGGAGCAUUUCACCCACAUUGGUAGCUUCGGAGUUUACACUGAUGCAGUUUACUUAUCAUGAUCUGAUGCAUGCCACCGAAAACUUUCGACGUGAGAAUUUUCUUGGUGUGGGAGGCUUUGGCCGUGUCCAUAAAGGAUGGAUUAAUGCGAAUGGGACUCCUGCAAAACCUGGCAAUGGAUUACCUGUUGCUGUUAAGACACUCAGUUGUGAUGGGCUACAGGGCCAUGAUGAGUGGGUGGCUGAAAUCCAUUAUCUCAGAAACCUACGACAUCCACAUCUGGUGAAAUUGUUCGGUUUCUGUAUGGAAGGCGAUCAGAGGCAGCUGGUAUAUGAGUUUAUGUCCCAUGGAAGCUUAGAGCGCCAUCUCUUUAGGAAUAGGACGGCGCCACUUCCAUGGUCUAUCAGGGUGAAAAUUUUACUGGGUGCAGCAAAGGGACUUGCUUUUCUCCAUGAAGAAAUUGAGUCGCCUGUUAUCUUUCGGGAUUUCAAGACAUCCAAUAUUCUGCUUGAUGAGGAUUACAAUGCAAAACUCUCUGACUUUGGGCUUGCUAGAGAUGGCCCCGUUGGUGAUAAGACCCAUGUGUCCACCCGAGUCUUGGGAACAUAUGGAUAUACAGCUCCUGAGUAUGUAAUGACAGGUCACCUGACAUGGAUGAGCGACGUGUACAGCUUCGGGGUGGUGGUGCUGGAGGUGCUGACGGGGAGGAAGGCGACGGAGAGGAUGAGGAUGAGGGAGCAGAAGAACCUGGUGGAUUGGGGUCGCGAGAACGGCAGGGACAGGGACAGGUUCCACCGGCUGAUCGAUCCCAGCCUUGGCUCCAUCUUCUCCAUCAGCGGAGCUCAGAUGCUGGGGCGCCUGGCCUGCGCCUGCACCAACCGCGACCCCAAGACCAGGCCUCCCAUGAGCACCGUCGUGCACACCCUCGACACCGUGCUCAGCCUGCAGGACAUGGCCACCGACACUGCCCUGUACCGGACCAUGCUGGCCGACCGUGCUGUCAAUGCCUCAUCCUCAUAAAUCAGCUCGCCAGGCUCGUGCUUUAUUAAUCUGUGGUUAUGGAUGUUUUGUGGUGUUGCUAUCAAACUUAAUGUUGGAUGAUUGUUUGUUUUCCUCCUCCUCCUCCUUCUUCUGUUAGUGUCGUUUUUAAUUAGUGGUAACAGCAAUAAAAAAAAGGAUCCCCUUUUAAUUGAGUGGGUUAAUUUGGAGAUGGUAGAUUAUGUGAUUGAGAAUUGCAACAUAUCACCAUGGAUGGAGAUCAUUUACAUUUACA